AAUGAAUAUCGAAUAAGAAGAUGAUAAUUGGAUGCCUCUAGAAUCCAAUCCUUAAGUUAUGAAUGAAUAAGCAGUUCAAUUGGGUAUAAUAUAUAAAUAUUAUAAUAAGGUAUUAAUAUUGAAAAAGCAUAAUUCCAUGAUUUAUUGGGUUUUGAAGAUUGGGCUUUUGAAAUGAUUCCUUAACCAAUUUAUGGAGUUUUGUUUAAUUUUCCUAUUAAAGAGAAUACAAAUCAAUUUGUAGAUUAAGAAGCAGCUUAAAUUCAAGAGAAAGGGUAUCACAUAUAGAAUUAUAUAGUUAACAUGUAUCUCCAAAUUUGUUCUAUAUGAAAUAAUUAGCUAAGAAUGCUUGUGGUACAAUAGCAAUGGUUCAUGUUGUUCUUAAUGCUGACCAGGCUAUCAUUCAAGAAGGAAGUUAUUUGGCUGAGUUUAAAAAGAAUGUGUAAGGGAAAACUCCUUAAUAAAUUGGUGAAGCAUUCAAAAAAGCUAAAGAAUUGAAAUAGGUUCAUAAGGAGGCUGUUGAAUAAGGGGAAAGUGCUUGUUGUGAUGAAAUUGAUCGUCAUUUUAUAGCAUUUGUGUUAAGAGAUGGUGAUAUAUAUGAAUUAGAUGGAUGUAAAGUAAAUUAGGAUAUUAAAUUUAUAAGUAAUUCCCUAUAAAUCAUGGAAAAUCUACACCAGAAACAUUUUUGCCUGAUGUUUCAAAAGUGAUCCAAAAGUUCUUUGAAAGAGAUCCAAAUGAAGUAUCAUUUUCGACAGUUGUUUUAGCAAAAGCUAUAUAAGAAUGAGAAUGCAUUAAUAUAUUAAAAAUUGUUAUAUCAAUUGUACUCUUUUUAUAUAAGGGGAUUCACAAAUGGUUUAGAUAAAAAAUUUAAUAUGGCAUUAGAUUUUAGAGGCAAAGUUGUUAUAGUGACAGGAGCAGCAAGAGGAAUUGGUAAAGAAUACUGUAAUUACUUUGCUGAUAAGGGAGCUAAGGUUGUUGUUAAUAAUAGAUGUAAAAAGGAUAGUGAGAAUUAUCUAUUAGUAAAUGAAGUAAUUAAGUUAUAAAUUUUUAGAUAGUAAGAAACAUUAAUUUAAGGGGAGGAAUAGCGAUUGCUAAUUAUGAUGAUAUUUUAGAUGGUGAUCAUAUAAUCAAAUAAGCAAUCGAUAAUUUUGGUAGGAUUGACAUUUUAAUAAAUAAUGCUGGUAUUAUUAAAGACAAUGUUUUUGCCAAGAUGAGUAAAGAAGAGUAUGAAGAUGUUGUUGAUGUUCAUUUAAAUGGGACAUAUAAAUGUUGUAAGGCUGCAUGGCCAUAUAUGAUUAAAUAGAGAUAUGGAAAGAUAAUCAACACUAUUAGUGGCUCCGGUUUAUAUGGUUAAGUAGGUUAAGCUAAUUAUGCAACAGCAAAAUCUGCCAUAAUUGGAUUUUCUUUUAGUCUUGCUAAAGAGGGUGAAGAAUUUAAUAUAAGAACUAAUAUAUUAUCUCCUGUGGCUGCAUCAAGAAUGACUGAGACUAUUUUGCCUUAAGACAUGCUUGAAGGGAUCAAUCCAAAUAAUGUUGCUCCACUUGUUGCUUAUUUAUGUAGUGAUGAUUGUUAAGAAAAUGGUGCCAUCUAUGAAUGUUCAGGAGGAUUUAUAAGUAGAGUAAGAUUAGAUAAGGAGCCAAUCGAUUUUCUUAAAUGGUCAAAAUUAUGAAC